AUGGUAAAGAAGGGUUUACUAGAGCGUCUGACAGAGGGUCCUGUGGUGGGGGACGGCAGUUAUGUCUUCACCCUGGAGAAACGUACCUAUGUCAUGGCCGGACCCUGGACCCCUGAAGUUGUAGUGGAACAUCCCGACGCAGUGAAGCAGCUUCACAGGGAGUACAUUCGCGCAGGCGCAGAUGUGGUGCAGGCUUUUACGUUCUACUCGACAGACGACAAACUUAACCUACCCGGACACGAGGCUGGCGCUACCAUCACGUGCAAAGAGCUGAACCACAUGGCCUGUACCAUUGCGAAGGAGGUGGUGGGGGUGUCGGACGUGCUCAUUUGUGGCGCGUUGUCUCCGACCCCGUCCUACACAGAGGGCCGGGGGAAGGAGACCGUACAGCGGGAGUUCAGGAAACAAGUGGAGGUGUUCGUGGAACACGAUGUAGACUUCCUAUUGGCUGAGUUUAUAGGGUACAUAGAGGAGGCAGAGUGGGCUAUUGAGCUUCUGAAGUCCACGGGGAAGCCCGUAGCGUGUACACUGCGUACCGGGCCUGUCGGGGACAACAGCGGCGUGCCACCGGGGGAAUGCGCCGUCAGGAUGGCUAAGGCCGGCGCGGACGUGAUCGGCGUGAACUGUAAGUUCGACCCGACCACGUGUCUGAAGACCGUGGCGCUGAUGAAGGCUGCCCUGGAGAGGGAGGGCCUGUCCCCGUUCCUGAUGGUCCAGCCGGUCGGCUUCCACUGCCCGGAAGUGGAGAUGGAGCACGAGGGGUACGGCAUGCUGCCGGAGAACCCGUUCGCCCUGGAACCUCGCCAGCUGACCAGGUUUGACGUCCAUAAGUUCGCGCGCGCCGCCUAUGAGCUGGGGGUGAGGUACAUCGGCGGCUGCUGCGGGUUCGAACCGCACCACAUCAGGGCUAUAUCUGAAGAGUUGAGUGCAGAACGUGGCGGGAAGCUAGGAGAGGGCAGCAGGAAACACGUACCCUGGGGAGGAGCUCUGACCAGCAGUGUCCUGGGAACGAACAGGGCCAAGGCCAGUCGGGAACACUGGGAGAGAGUGCAGCCCGCCUCGGGUCGCCCUGGACAUCCCAACCUGCAGAACAAACUUAUGGACUAGUCAAGCCAAACUCACUAGAACCAGCAGUCCUCAGAAUUAAUCAGUAGACCUCAAUAAAUAGCAGUCAGAAUUUUGCAGGCCCUUCUUGACAUCGUAUAAUUCCAGUCAGACGAUCAAAACGUUUCUUAACGGUUGCCAAGGCAACGGUUGCUAUGCUAUUAUAAUAGUGUCUGUGAGAAGUGACUUCAGCACCAAGGACAGCGACAAACCACUUCCUUGUGAUUCCACUUCAUGAAGUGAAAACAUAACGAUAGAUAACUAUUGUACAUUGUCUAAGGAAAUUAGAAACAAUGGACUAUUCCUAUCAUCUGCCACUGUAGGCGCCAUCUUUAGAUGUUGUU